AUGGAGGUUCAGACAUUGGUGUGCGCUCCGGGAAAGCCUCCUCUCCCCGCACAGCCCCAGCUUCCCGCUGCGCCUGAGAAACGAAAGCGGGUCCGGCGAUGGCAUCACCGCGGUUUCACUGGGUGCUCAACCUGCCGUCGACGCCAUGUGCGCUGCGAUGAGGCGUCGCCUUCGUGCAAGAAUUGCACUCGUCUGGGUCUGGAAUGCGAUGGGACCCAGGGUCGCAUGACUUUCAAGGUCUACGGGCCGCCACCAGCUGCUUCCGAAUCUACAUCCGCUCUCACCAAAAAACGAGAAAAGAAAUCGACUUCCCCUACACCACAGGAGGUGAAACAAGAGGCGAAAGAGAAUGAGGAGCCUUUCGAGGCACUGGUGGUGUCACCAACGACUGUGUCCGAUCUGAAACCUAUCAAGUACCGUUUCCAGGAACCUAUCUCCCCAGCCGAGUUCAUCUCCUCAUCGCUUGACUGCGUCGAGGGUCGCUACUACACUCAUUUCGUCGACCAAGUCGCCACUCUCUUACUUAUCUAUGACAAUUCAAUCAACAUCAAUCCCUAUCGAAGAUUCUUCCCGGACCUCGCUCAGUCAUCCCCCUCCAUGGCUAGUGCCAUGCAAGCCAUGGGCGCACUACAUCUCGCCAACACUUCCAAAGGGCAGCAACGGAACAAACAUCUUCAACAGGCUAUGAGCAACUAUGGUGAAGUAGUCAAGUCUUUCCGGACCCGAUAUACAGAGCCAGAUCAGAGUGUUCGACUCACUGACCUCGCCACCUGUCUAUUGCUGUCCCUGUUCGAGAUGAUGGACUCUCAAAAUCACAACUGGGCUAUUCAUCUCAAGGGUGCCCGCGAGAUUUAUCGAAUUCUAUUUUCCGUCAACGACGACCCUGCAAAAGAAGCCAAGCGUCUCGCCGAAAUCAAUCAUCCGAUCAGGCCCUUCCUUGUAUCUCUCCUUUCUUACCUUGACGUUGCAGGAGCGUGUGCUACCAGCGAAGGCACAGUGGUGGAAGGCAGCUAUUGGAGAACUCAUGGAGGUGGCUGGGAGUACAACCUUGGUACCCCGAGUUUAUCUAGCGAACAGCCCGCCUACAAUAAUCACCUAGUGGAAUUACGUCAAUGUUGGGCAGUCAUGAUGGAGAUACAGGCAGCAAUCAGUGCUUUCGGCAAAUCCAAACAUGAAGGGCUCUUGUCACCUGAGCAAGAAGACCUCGUCUACCACGAACUGCUGCAGCGAUUGGUGCAAUGGCGCUUGAACGCUCCAGAGGCUUUGCAAAGCCUAGGCAACUUGGACGAUGCAAGCCUACAACAAUACCCAUUCCCCGAUGUUCUCGAAUACGCAGGGUGCAUCGAGGCUUACGAAAAAGCAACUAAUAUAUUCCUACACCGUGUAGGAGCGGCCGGGCGACCUGAUCGCCCGUCCCAAAGACCCCUGCUAGACAUGCUUGCUUCGCGAAUCUUAGCACUAAUCGGCAAGCUCGCUAAAGAUGUGGGACAGCUGGCGGCUUUAUGGCCCCUGUUUACCGCCGGACAUGAGACACGAAACGAACAUGAACAGAAAUACGUACGAAAGACAAUGACAGAGCUACAGCGCUAUGGUUUCAAGAAUGUCGAUCGAGGCCUUGAAGAAUUGGAAAAAGCAUGGUUCAAGCAGCGUGCCUUUCCUGAAGGAUGGGUUGAGUCCAUGGAGGACAUCCGCUCAUCCAUCCUUCUUCCAUGA